AGCGAUGACUCAUGUCAGUGGCUUUUGCAUUGGUUUGCUACCAAAGGCCAUUGAAAUCAGAAGUGUUGAAACCCAAGCACUCGUUCAGACUAUUGACAUCGCCGCUCCAAAGGUCAUAGUAGCAGGUAAAUCCGUAUCUCCAGAGACCUCCAUAGAGGCCGCCUUUCUGUUUACAGAGGCGGGGGGUGUGUACACACUACUGCCUGUUCCGUUGGAUUUACAGAUUGAGGAUCUGGUGGAGGCCAACGAGUACGAUGACGCGUUGCUAUUGGCGGAGCGCCUGCCCGAAGGUACUGCACAGAAGAACAAGGUCCAUGGUAUCAAGCUGCUGCAGGCGUUCCAUCUGUUUGAGACUGGCCGUUAUGAGGAGUCCCUAGACUUGUUCGCACAGCUCGACACAGACCCGCCCAUAGUCAUUGGACUGUAUCCCAAUCUGCUGCCUGAUUGGCUCAGAGAAGAAAUCGUGACCAGCUUCCCCAUCAAACCACCCACGCUCAAUGAGAAGGAUUUAAACAGGGCCCAGGUGGCGCUUAUAAACUUCUUAUCCCUGAAACGCGAUAG